AUGGCAUCUCGUCCACGUAUAGAGAAAAUGUCGGCGGAAGUCGUCGAUUCGAAUCCGUAUAGUCGCCUAAUGGCCUUGCAACGGAUGGGAAUCGUACAAGAUUACGAACGUAUACGACAAUUUUCUGUUAUGAUCGUGGGUGUUGGUGGAGUGGGAAGUGUUGCAGCUGAAAUGCUCACAAGAUGUGGAAUCGGAAAGUUACUUCUCUAUGAUUACGAUAAAGUUGAAUUAGCGAAUAUGAAUCGUUUAUUCUAUCAACCUCAUCAAGCUGGUCUAACUAAAGUUGAAGCUGCUGCUGAAACAUUGAAAUUUAUCAAUCCCGAUGUAAUUAUUGAACCAUACAAUAUGAAUAUAACGAAAGUAGAUAGCUUUCCAUUGUUUAUGGAUAAAAUUCGAACUGGUAAUAAAGACAAUUCGGGUCCAGUUGAUCUUGUGCUUAGUUGUGUAGACAAUUUCGGUGCAAGAAUGACUAUCAACACGGCAUGCAAUGAACUUGAUCAAACCUGGAUGGAAUCAGGCGUGAGCGAAAAUGCUGUUAGUGGUCAUAUACAAUUAAUCGUUCCUGGACGAAGUGCUUGUUUUGCUUGUGCUCCGCCAUUGAUUAUGGCUAGUAAUGUCGAUGAAAGUACACUAAAACGUGAAGGCGUUUGUGCUGCUAGUUUGCCAACAACUAUGGGUAUCGUUGCUGGCUUUCUCGUACAGAACACACUCAAAUAUUUGCUUAAAUUUGGUCGUGUGUCAAACUAUCUUGGUUACAAUGCGCUUGAUGAUCAUUUUCUCCUUUUGACAUUGAAACCCAACGAAGAUUGUGAUGAUUCUUACUGUCGCAAGAGACAACUCGAGCAACAAUCAAAUCCGACAGUAAUCGAAGAAAAUCCUCAACCAGCUCAAACUGAAGUGACACAUGAAUCAAACGAAUGGGGUAUUGAACUUGUUAGUGAUAGUGUUGACGUUCCAAAUGAAAAUACCGUUGAUCGUAAUCAUAUUGAAUUAGCUUCAUCUUCAGGUGGAACAGUUUCACUUGAUCAAGUCAAAUAUCAGUACGUUCCGAAGGCAAAAUGUAAUCCGCAAAUCGAUACAUCCGACAAUGAAACAUCGGCUGCCAGUACAGCACGAGACGAAGAUUUAUCGAUCGAGGAUCUUAUGGCUCAAAUGAAACGAAUGUAG